CUUCCACACCAAAUUUGUACACCAAAGAAAGAGACAAAAAAAGAAACAUAAGCUCCAAGAAAAUGUCGUCCCUAAUCACAAGUGAGAUCAGAGCCAGCGCAACAGAGUUUUAUGAAGGGAAUGACCUCUGCCAAGAGAAAUCCAAGUGCCUCCUCAAAGAUAUGAACUUGCCAAAUGGGUUGCUCCCCAUACAGGACAUGGAAGAGUGUGGCUACGUUAAGCCCACUGGUUUCGUGUGGCUCAAGUCCAAGAAGAAGACCGAUCACAAGUUCGAGCAGAUCGGGCGCUCGGUCCAGUACUCGACCGAGGUCACGGCUACCAUUGAACCCGGCAAGAUCAAGAAGCUAACCGGGGUGAAGGCCAAGGAGCUCAUGUUAUGGCUCACUAUCCAUGAGAUUUGCACGGAUGAGCCCGACACCGGGAAGAUCCACUUCAAGAGCACGACCGGGUUAUCGAGGACGUUCCCGAUCUCAGCUUUUGUGGUCGAGGAGGAGCAGAAGAAGGAGAAACUUGCUAAUAAUGGUGAGGUGGAUGUGGCCGUGGCAGUCAAGGAAGUUUAAUUCCAUCAUCUGGUUAUUUACUUGCAGUAUACUACAAUUGUCCAAAAAGGAAGGUUAAAGUUUGAUUUCCACUGUUUUCGUUAUUCAUUUGGCCAUAUGGUCAAGUACUUUAUCAUAUAAAAUAAUGAACUUUACAUUUCCGAUAUUAUAUAAUGGUCAUGCAAAUUAAUAAAGUUUUAUCUGAAAAUUUAAGAUUGUAAAUUUCAUUUGUUUAUCUAUUCAAUCUAUUAAUAAAGGGAGAAAAAGUUUAUCUAUUCAAUCUAUUACUUCAAAGAAAUUGCAAAGAAUAGAAGUACAUAUGUUUUAUCAAAAUAAGACUUAUUUUCUCCUAUUCAAGGGGCAACACAGUGCACAUUGGGGUCCCAUAAGCUGGAGAAUUUUAAUAAAUGUCCGCUCUCGAUCUAUAUUAUUUUCUCCUAUUAAAGUGUAAUAAUAAAAACUUCCUAAAAUUCAGUUCUAUAUAUAAGAAAGAAAGCAAUGAAAAUAAACUCCUACAAAACUUAUAUAUGUGGUAUAUGUUUCACUCUUCUUUACGGAUUUUUAUCUUAUUACUUCCUUCGGUCCUAAAUAAA